CAUUCGCGUCAGACAUCUCUCGGAUAUCCGAAUUCGACCCGCCUUCGACGGCGCUUCCCUCAGACACGCCCUGUUUUACUCCUCCUCCGUGCGUUGACUGACGACUUCUCCAACGACAACCUCUGCGCGACCUCUGCAGCGACGACAGAGAGCUAGAGACAGAGAGAGAGGGACAGAGGAGGUUCAGCAAUGGCGUCGAGUUCAUCGAAGAACUACGUGCUGCCGGUGUCGGAUCCUCCUCCGCGCGACGAGGAGAGGGAGCGGCUCCUCAAGCUCGACGACAAGCUGUUCGCGGGAUCGGCCAUGACCAAGAGAGGCGCCUACGCCGCCGUCUCCUACAUGACCUGCGCAGUGCUCUUGGUGUUGUUUAACAAAGCAGCUCUUUCUUCCUAUAGUUUCCCAUCUGCAAAUGUCAUCACUCUGUUACAGAUGAUAUGUUCCUCUUCUUUUCUCUAUGCACUGAGAAAGAGGAAGAUUAUCAACUUUACAGUAGCUGAAUCUUCGCUUGUUUCGGAUAAUACCAAAUUGCUUGUGCCAUUGAGGACAUUGGUUCAUACUCUUCCUCUUUCAUUCGCCUAUUUGUUAUACAUGCUAGCCACUAUGGAGUCUGUUCGAGGAGUAAAUGUUCCAAUGUAUACCACCCUUAGGCGGACGACAGUGGUGUUUACAAUGGUAGCAGAGUGGAUUCUGGCAGGUCAGAAGUAUUCAUCUUCUGUCAUUGGAAGUGUUGGAUUGAUUGUUCUUGGUGCAUUUGUCGCGGGAGCAAGGGACUUGUCAUUUGACUUUCAUGGCUACUUUGUUGUCUUCUUAUCCAACAUUACCACAGCAAUAUAUCUAGCAAUGAUAGCCCGUAUUGGGAAAUCUAGUGGGCUGAAUAGCUUUGGCUUAAUGUGGUGCAAUGGGAUUAUAUGUGGACCAAUACUACUGUUUUGGACAUAUAUCAGGGGGGACAUAGAAAUGACGUUGAAUUUUCAGUAUCUUUUUUCGCCUGGCUUCAUGGUUAUCUUGCUUUUCUCCUGCAUAUUGGCUUUCUUUCUGAAUUACUGUAUAUUCCUGAACACAACCCUCAAUUCAGCAGUGACGCAGACCAUUUGUGGAAAUCUAAAGGAUCUUUUUACCAUUGGACUCGGCUGGAUUAUCUUUGGUGGGCUUCCAUUUGAUUUUUUGAAUGUUGUUGGGCAAUUUCUUGGUUUUCUCGGCUCUGGCUUGUAUGCAUACUAUAAGCUCAUGGGGAAGUGACCGCUUCAAGCUUUUCGCCCUUCUUGUUCUGGGAUGACAAGCGCUAGUAUCCUUCCAAGGAAUCAAAUUGGAGAUGGUUUAAAGCAAAUGCAAACCAAUCAAAGGAAAUUUCUAAUUACAGAGAAGCUGCUAGUCCAAGUUUUCAAUGAUAAUCAAGAUGGAAAGCUUCUUGAGGAGCUUGUCAGACAUUUAACAGCCCUGGAACUCUUAACCUGUAUUCCUAUCCAAUCAACAGGAGCAUUUAGCAAUCCUUUAGAAGGAGAAAGGAACUUGUCUGAGAUGCUAAAACUUUUGACUUGUUGAUUCUUCGGUAGUUAAGUGGGUUUUUGUCGAUAUGCAGUCUCCUAGGUUAACGAAUAUGCAAUAGUGCAGGAAGUGACAGCAAUUUCCCCCCUUUUUUUUUGGGUAGCAACACCAUUAUUUGUUGAAAUGUUACCCGAGGCAUUUUCUGAAUUUGAUUUUACAAGUGAGAAUUGAUGUAGUUCAAGCAA